CGGACAUUGAUGAUGUCAGCUGCAUCCCUGGAUAUGUUUGUUACCGGAGUGAAUGGAACAUCAGGUCUUCAUUUUCAACACCAAAUACUAUUCUAGCUGUGCCAUGCCAAAGUGACAGGAACGCAAUCUGCAUCAAACCUGGUUACAAUGACAUUUGCUCCGAUUUGACGACAAACUUCACAUCAGAGAAACUGUGUGAACUCUUCCUUUAUCAAAACCAAAAGCAUCAUUGUUGAUUUUUUAAAUCCAAGUGAAAUAAAUCAGAUGGCUCCAACUGGACUUCCUGCGGAAAUAAAACCAACAUUACCUCCAAACUGUGAUCUCACUGUUGAUUACACCUGUCAGGAAAAUGGAAAUCCCAACAACACCAAGCAAUUGUCGGAGCUGGAGCCGUUCACAGACUACAGCUGUACUGGUCAGAUCAAGAACCUGAUCAGUGAUGUCAUCAUAACAAACACACCUGCUAUCAAGUUCAACAUUAAGUGUGAUAUUGAAAUAACCGACCGGAUUACGACAGCAAACGAUACCUCCAUUAAUCUGAGUUGGACCACAACCAGUAGGAACUGUAAAGAUCUUACCAAUCUUCCGAAGCUUUCUUAUCACUGCAGUUGUGGGACGAAACACAGUGGCAAACGACAAGCUACAGUUAACAAACAAGGAGGAACAUGUUCUUUUACUGAUCUGAAACCAUUCACCGUCUAUACCUGUAAAGUCCAACCCACCUACAACAACAAGGACGUUGGCCCAUCAACUGAAAUUAGACAGAAAACUGACAUUGGAGUACCAACAGAAGUUACUAACCUGAAGGUGGAUCUUGUGGAGCAUAAUGUGAUUAAAGUAACCUGCCAUCGUGUAAAAGAUUUAAAUGGACCUGAGGAGAAAUACAUUGCAUGUCUUAAUGAUUGUCAUGACAAGAACCUUAAACAAGAAAAGAAUAAAUGUGAAUUUGAAUUCAAAGAUCUAAGCUACUUAACAACCUACAAAGUGAAGGUGACUAUUUUCAAUGGAAGAAGGGAGAGCAAACCAGUGAUGAAGGUCAUUGACACUUCAUAUAAUGACAAAGCUCUGAUUGGGUCUCUGGUCUUCCUCAUCAUCCUCAUACCUGUGGCUCUGCUUUUCAACAAGAUUUACAUUUGGAAGUGCAGAAAGUCCCCUGAUGUGAACGACGACAUGAUGCUUGACUCAGAAGCCAUUUAUGUCAAUGCACGACCUCCAGGAUGGCGUCAUAGAGAAGCUCGCUGAUGAAGAAGGUCUAAUGGAGCUGCCUACCAAAUCAUCAUUUACUCCUUCUGCUUGUGUUGUUCAGCAUGUAGUAGGUCUUUUUGACAUCUUAGAAAUUACUCUAAAAUGUAAUUAUCUUUUGUUAUCAGCUAAUAGCUCCAAUAUUAUGCUUGUGUUUGUUUUAGUUAUAGCGUGUCUGUCGCGUUGAUGUGCACAUUGUAAUAUGUAAGAAACCAGCCUGCUUUUAUUCCCAUGUCAUCAAAUACCAAGUUUUGUCAUGCCCCUCAACUACGGUUUCCCCCACCAUUAAAAACAUGCACGUUAGCUUAAUUCUCAAGUCAGUGCCUUUGAUCAAGGUACUUGCUUAGAUGGAGUUGGUCCCCUGGCACUGUACAGCGGCAGCCCACUGCUCAUUGUACUUAGGGAGGGUUAAAUGCAGAGGAUGAUGUGUUGAACUGUAUGACUGUACAGUAUUUGUAAUAAAAAUAAGUUCUAUUCUAUUUAACAAA